GAAGAACAUGUUAACGCAUUCUAAACAUUACAACAAAGCUAAAAAGGUAGCAUCUGUUCAAAGUUAAACUAUGCCUGCUCUUAGCGGGGAUACUAUACGGGAGGGAUAUUUGAACUUGUGACUGGCAACCCGGCGUUUCAAUGUGACGUAAGCUCGCGCUGUGCGUCUUGCUCCAGCUAACCGGAGACAUAUCUGCUCACUGAAUUAUGUGAAAAUGGAGGACAGUGAAUCCCAGCUGCUCUCCGAUGAGUAUCAGCCUCCGGAGACUCUCCUCGGCUCUCUGGACAUCUUUGUCUUCUCUCUAAUCGCAGGACUGCUUAUCUACUGGUUCUUCUUCCGAAAAAAAACAGAGCCUGUUCUGGAUUUGAAGACAUUCCCUGCAGUACCACCACCAAUACGCCAGACCAGCUUUAUUGAGAAAAUGAAGAAAACGAACCGAAACGUUGUGGUGUUCUAUGGAUCACAAACAGGGACUGCUGAGGAAUUUGCUAACAGGCUGGCAAAAGAUGCCCAUCGCUAUGGCAUGAAAGGCAUGGCCACAGACCCAGAGGAAUACGACAUGUCCGAGCUGUCUAGACUAAAAGAGAUUCCUAAUUCCAUGGCUGUGUUCUGCAUGGCAACCUAUGGAGAGGGAGACCCCACAGACAACGCUCAGGAGUUCUAUGAUUGGAUGCAAGGGACUGAUGACGAUCUAGAGGGGGUCAAUUUUGCUGUGUUUGGUUUAGGAAAUAAAACAUAUGAGCAUUUCAAUGCCACAGGCAACUAUACAGACAAGAGGCUUGCUGAACUUGGGGGAAAAAGGGUCUUUGACCUGGGGCUCGGGGAUGACGACAGCAACUUGGAAGAGGAUUUUAUCUCUUGGAAGGAGCAGUUUUGGCCUGCAGUAUGUGAGUUCUUUGGAGUGGAGGCCACGGGAGAAGAAAGCAGCAUUCGGCAGUUUGAACUGGUGGUUCAUAAUGACAUCAAUAUGAAUCAAGUGUACACCGGAGAGAUGGGGCGGCUCAAAAGCUUUCAGACACAGAAACCACCGUUUGAUUCAAAGAAUCUUUUCCUUGCACCUGUCACUGUUAACCGUAAGCUGAACAAAGGGGGAAACCGGCACUUGAUGCACAUCGAGUUAGAUAUCAUGGAUUCUAAAAUCAGAUAUGAUGCUGGAGACCAUGUUGCUGUUUACCCCACAAAUGAUGCAGCGGUGGUCAACAGAAUAGGAGAGAGACUUGGAGUAGAUCUUGAUACUGUAAUCUCACUCAAAAAUCUGGAUGAGGAAUCCAAUAAAAAGCACCCGUUCCCCUGUCCAUCCACAUACCGCACAGCACUGACCCAUUACCUUGACAUCAACAACACACCACGCAAAAACGUGCUGUAUGAGCUGUCGCAGUACACCUCUGAUCCUCAGGAACAAGAGAACAUGCGCAAGAUGGCGUCUGCUUCACCUGAAGGAAAGGCUUUGUAUCAGAGUUGGGUUUUGGAUUCUGAGAGGAACAUAUUGGCUAUUCUAGAGGAUCUACCUUCCCUGAACCCUCCUGUAGACCACCUGUGUGAGCUCCUUCCUCGACUUCAGGCUCGAUACUAUUCCAUCGCCUCCUCUAACAAGGUCCAUCCAACCUCUAUCCACAUCUGUGCUGUGGUGAUCGAGUACACCACCAAGACAGGAAGAUUCUACAAGGGUGUGGCCACCAACUGGCUUAAGAACAAAGAAGUGACCGAGAAUGGCCACAAGCACACCGUUCCCAUGUAUGUUAGGAGAUCCCAAUUCCGCCUGCCGUUCAAACCCAGUAAUCCUGUAAUCAUGAUUGGGCCUGGCACUGGCAUCGCCCCCUUUGUGGGCUUCAUCCAGGAGAGAGCAUGGCAGAAGGAACAAGGGAAGGAUGUUGGUGAGACGAUACUUUACUUUGGUUGUCGCCAUAAGAAUGAGGACUUCCUGUACCAGCAGGAACUGGAGGAGUUUGAGAGGGCAGGAGUGCUGACACAGCUUAACGUCGCCUUUUCCAGAGACCAGGAGCACAAGAUCUAUGUGCAACAUCUUCUGAAGAAAAACAAGGAGCAGUUGUGGAAGCUCAUUCAUUCAAAUAAUGCCCAUAUCUACGUUUGUGGAGAUGCACGUAACAUGGCUCGGGACGUGCACACGGCCUUCUAUGAGAUUGCAGAGGAGGUGGGCGGCCUGACGCACACUCAAGCUGUGGACUAUUUCAAGAAGCUGAUGACCAAGGGCCGUUACUCGCAGGACGUUUGGAGCUAAGCUAACUGAUAAACCAAUGUUUGCCACUUUACCUCAAACCAUCAUUUCUCCAAAUGCUAGAGCUAAAACUUUAAUCAUGAAUUUGUCUGGACUGAUUUAUUGUUUAUAUAAUAGAAUUUUGAUGAAAGAUACUGCACUCCCAACAUCACACAAACGUGUGGUUACACAUUCUUCCUUUAGAUGAGUUUAUGAUAGACUGAAUUUGAACCCUAAGCGGUAUUGGGUGUUCAUGUAUAUGCAAAUGUCAAAGAUGCAAAAUUCUUCUUUUUUGAGUGAGGCCUUAUAAAGAUUAUUCAUAUAAAUAUUGUCAUACUCUUUCUAUUGUUUUAUCUCUAUGUGAAAAGACUGCAAGUAUCACUUUGUGACGCACUGUAAAACUUUAGAUUUAGUUUUUGUGACACCGUGUAUCAAAACAUCCUACAAUGUGUUACAGGAAAUGAACAUUUUAGGUCAGUUGUGUUUUUUUUGAUCAUGUGAUGUUUGUUCAUUCUUAUUUCUUGUUGUUUCCAGAUGUUCUGCCACUCUUUUUAUGCAUUAUGUCACACUAACGUUAAGUAGCAGUUGAAUGAGAAAUUAUGCAAUCAACAUGAUUCCCAUCAUUGGGUGAAGUGUUACAUUCUGUUAGUCUUUUUUUAAAGUUUUAGCAAACUGGUCAAGUGUUAAUGGUCAUGGGAAUAUAUUAAAUGUAUGUGUUUUCCUAACAUUUUAACAGGUGCAUUUAUUAAAAGAAAAGAAA